UUAAAGAAAGCAAAUUAAAGAGAACACCGCACAAAAAGCUUUAAUUUAGAAAUCAUUUUAAGAAUCACAAAUGAUUUUAAAUAAAUUAACAAACAAUUGAAAACACAUGCAGCAACAACAACAAGCACCUAUAAAGUGAAUUUCUGUGUUCGGCAAACGAUUACGCGUCGUGCUCGCAUACAGUCUGCGCUCGCAUAUUGGUAUCUCUGUCUGUGUGUGUGUGUGCGUCGUGUCGCUUAGUUGUGGCUUGUGGCGUAAAAUGCCGCUGUGGGCCACCACUUUUUUAUGAUGGAGACAUUCCUUGUCCUUGGGUUAUGUUUCAUAAUAUACGAAGCGCUGGAUUUCUUUCAAGGAUGCCUGCAUAGUACGUCACCGAAUUCGACCGAUCAAAUCGAGGCCUAUCGCCGCCAAUUGGACGAGCAGCGACAACAGCUGCAGCAAGAGCAAUUCAUAGCGAAUUUGACGCCGCUCUUGGGCGCCCAGCUGUUGGCCGCCACCUCCAGCGUAUCGCUGACGCCGAGCGAUUCCACCGCCAGCAUUAUAAGUGAACAGUUACGCGCACAACAACAACGCGAACAACUCGAACAACAGCUAGAGGGCAGCAUACGCAGCAGCAGCUGCAGCGGCGCACCCAGCAACGCCGGCGACAAUUCGUUGAGUACGCCAGCUUUGCAUAGCAGCGGUUUGGGCAGCACUUUCGGCUCGGCCGCCGGCAGCGGGAGCUUGAGUGUGGCCAGCGGCAAUAGCAGCGGCGCUGCCUUUCGUCCCGCCUACCGUAGCGCCUACGAGUCGCAAGAAUUGUACGCGACUUCGUCACUACCGCGCGACUACUACUUCCUGCAGCAACAACAACAAAAGAAUAAGCAUUCGGCGCGCUCGCUAUUCUCGAAGUUCGGCGCUUCCAAUUCCGAUAAUCGCAUAUUUCCCGAGACCACAGCGGUGCUGGGCGUGCCUGCGGGCGUCAUUACACAACAGCCAGCGGCGAGUGUGGUGAAUCAUUUUGACUGCUUGCCGCCGGCGACGGUGCCUGCCUCGCCUUUGGCUGUGGACUUGAAGCGCGCCAUAUUGAGUAACAAUAAUAAGAAUAGAAACAGCAAUAACAACAACAAAACGUACAACGAACGUAGACGCGCAGCGUGUGCGGUGGAAAGUGUGCUGGUGCAUGGUGUAGCGGUGAUUGCCAGUCCGUCGCGUGAUCCGCCAAAUCCUACUGCAACAACAACAACCACUUCGGUUAAACGUGCAAAUCAACGAAAUCGUAGCGCCAACGCGUCGGCAGCACAAACGACUGCGCACGAUAGUGACGGCAGUACAUCGGAUUGUGAAUCGGAUACGAGCGGUGAUUCGUCCGAUUCGUCGGCGUCCGCUUCGGCCGGUUCCGCGUCGCUGGCCUCGUGCGGUGAGGAUAGUGAUCCCGGUUUGGGUGAGGAACGCGAGUUCGGUUUAUCUAAUUCGUGUUCGUCGUCGCAUGCGGACUUUCGGGAAAUCGAAUGUGAGCGCCUAAGACGCAAGUGUGUGAGUGUGAAACGCAUCUAUAGUAUAUCGGAGAAGUUUUGAAAACUUAAAUCAA